CGCACUAAUUGAAAAUUUUAAAUAAGAGCAAGAUUUGGUUGGUGGAUUUUUACUUGUGUUUCUUACAUCUAAUUAAUAUUAUUACACAAGCAAAUAGCAGGAAAAUUGUGAUUGCAAGCCCGAAUUAUUUGAAGAAUUGGUCAGCUUUUCGUAUAACGUGUGCAUAAAUCCUAAUACGUUUUGUAGUAAAGGCAGUGUAUUAAUUUUUAUUGCUCGUGGUCUUAAUGGCGGAAAACGGUAUGCGUUCUGGAUUAGAACAAUCAAGUGAUAGUGGUGGUGGUGGUGUUGGUGGUGCAGCCGUCAACGGUCAUCUUAAUCAUGAACAUGAGCAGGGCAUUGAAAAAGGUUCGGCUCGCUUGAGUGAAGCUGCUCAAAAAUACAUGCAAGAGUUGUUAAUUGAGCGUUCAAAAUUGGAAAACAAUUUCCCGUUGGCUGUGAAACUAAUCGAUGAAGUAGCGUUAGAAAGGGUACAAUUGAAUGGACGCAUACCCACCAGAGAUCAAUAUGCAGACGUUUAUCAGCAGCGUACCAUAAAACUAACACAAAAAGUUCAUGUGCCCAUUAAGGACAAAAAGUUUAACUACGUGGGCAAGCUUUUGGGACCCAAGGGUAACUCUCUGCGCCGUUUGCAAGAGGAGACUCAAUGUAAAAUAGUGAUUUUGGGCCGCUUCUCGAUGAAAGACCGUGCACGGGAGGAGGAAUUACGUAAUUCGGCUGAUGCCAAAUAUGCCCACCUAAAUUUACCCUUACAUGUGGAAGUGUCAACCAUAGCUCCGCCAGCUGAAGCUUAUGCUAGGAUAGCUUAUGCUUUAGCUGAGUUAAGACGUUAUUUAAUACCCGAUAAACAUGAUGAUAUAAGACAAGAGCAAUUUCGUGAAUUAAUGGAAGAUCCGGAGGCGGCUAAAAAAAUCACUUUGAGACAACAACAGCAGCAACAACAAGGAAACGGUAACGGCGGCAAUGGAAACGGUAACGGGAAUAAUAACCACCGUUCUAAUAAUGGGAAUUAUAGACCAAAAUAUCAACAACAAUCUCAAAAUUAUCAUUACAAUGAUGAGACUGUUUACUAUCGAUCCCAUAGUAAUAAUUAUCAUCCAGCUAAAGCAUAUGUGCCAGGUGGUCAGCGUACGAGUUCUAUGCACUCAACUAUCCCGCCACCUGCGAUUGUGGGUGCUUCGCCAUCUGGCAUGACGGUAGUUAAUGCUACUGCUGCCAACUAUAGUGGGCGUGCUCCUGGUUUGAUUACUGGAAAUCCAGUGGCCGGUAAUACGGCUGGGGGAGCUACAGUAGGUAAUCCAAAUAUGAGAUACCGACCAUCUCAACUGCCGUAUUCAUUUGUUAAGAAAUAAAAACGUUUCUGCGGUUCGUUUAGUCACUAUACCGUUGAAUGUUUUUUUCUAUUAUAAUUUGUUAUUGACUCUUUUCCACGUUAAUUUUAAAAGAUUACCUUUUGAGAAAUGUACGUAUUUCAUCAUCAGCUUCCAAUAUAUUUUUUGGAUAUAAAGUUGUUUCAUUUGCUACUUUGUAUCGUUAUAAUCAUACCUUUGAAUUUGCAUUGAAAGUUUAGUUUCAUAACUUCAUAAAUACUUCAUAUCAUAUACGAACCUUUUUUAAAUUUUGUUAUUCGAACGGAAGCUUAUUUAAACUUAAACAAUAACUUUUAAAUUUGAUCUUUAAUAAUUGUUUAAAGCAAGAAGAAGAAAAAUUAAAGAUUAACAGACAUAAAUACACAAUACCAUACAUCAAUACUAUAGCGUGUAUAUUUGUAUUUUUAAAAGAAUUUGUCAUUUAAAACCUUGUUAUUUUUCAAUAAUUACAUACUCAACAACAACCAACAAACAAAGAAAAACAAUGUGGAUAAUGAUAACAAACACUAACGGUCUACAAACAACAAAGCAAGCAGCAACUACUCCACCCUACUAAAUCACACUCACAAAUGUUAAUUUGAGUUCAGUUUACAAACGCUUAGUUAGCAUUUAACUAAGCGAAAAAAAAAGAAUUGACAAAAAAAAACCAAAUUGAAUAAAAAAAUACAAAUA